AUGAAAAAGCUCUUUUCGAAAAUCGACAACUCCAACAAAGAUCCCAACUGCUUUGUUGGUAAACAGUUCACCGUUGGCCGUACCUCUGUAACCGUUGAAGAUGUGAUCGCCGAAGGAGGUUUUGCUGUGGUUUUUCUUGUAAAAAGCAACAACAAAAAAUAUGCCGUUAAGCGCCUGUUUGUCAACGAUGAAGUGGACUUGGGUGUCGCUAAAAAGGAGAUACAAAUAGCCAGUAGCUUAAAUGGGCAUAAAAAUAUUGUCGGCUUUAUUGAUUCAAAUAUUACACGCCAUAAUAAUGGAGUUCAUGAAGUAUUGAUGUUGAUGCCUUAUUGUCCGUCUAACGUUUUAACUCUAAUGAACAACAGGCUGCAAUCUGGCCUAACAGAACCUGAAGUUCUUCAAAUAUUUUGUGAUACUUGUGAAGCAGUUAGCCGUUUACACCAUUCUCAAACGCCUAUAAUACACAGAGAUUUAAAAAUAGAAAACAUCUUAGUUAGUGAAACUGGUCAAUAUUUACUGUGUGAUUUUGGUUCAGCCACAGCACGUGAACUUGAUCCAAAUAUACAAGGAGUGCAUGCUAUAGAAGAAGAAAUUAACAAGUAUACCACUAUAUCUUAUAGAUCACCUGAAAUGAUUGACUUGUACAACAAUAAAGUAAUAACCACAAAAUCAGAUAUUUGGGCUUUGGGUUGUCUAUUGUAUAAGUUAUGCUAUUUUACAUUACCAUUUGGUGAAAGUCCAUUAAAAAUACAAAGUGGUCAGUUCAGUAUUCCAGAUGCACCAGAAUAUUCUAUUAAAUUAAAUACAUUAAUUAAAUAUAUGUUGGAGGUUGAACCUGAUUUACGUCCAGACAUUUUCCAGGUUUCUUACAUUGCAUUCCAAUUAGCUGGAAAAGAUUGUCCAGUUCAAAAUUUAAAUAAUGUUCCCAAUCCAAAUAUCAAUGAAUUAAUUGUAUCUCUAAAUGAAAAACGAGUUCCUCAAACACCAAAAACGCAUGUCAAACCAAAUUACCAUUCAUCUGCUGUUGUAGAAGGCACUAGUGUGAAUCCGAGGCAAAGACCAAAACCUUUAAGUUCGGGAAUACCUCCACCUUUAGGUUCAUCUCCUACAUUCAAAAGAGCAUUUCAACCAGUUGUUGGAAUUUUGACAAAUUCUCAUUCUCCAGAUACAUCUCAUCAAAAUAAAAUACCGCAACAAAUAUCUCCACGUGAAAAGGCUCCCCAGGUGUUAUUUCCAGUCAAAGACUAUGCAGAUCCAUUUGUUGAAACUACAUUCACUCAAUCUACAACAGUGUCACCUUCAUCAUCCCCAUUAAUUUCUAUGCCCAAACAUAAACGAAAUGUUAGUGAAACUUCUACAUUCUCCAAAAUAUUUGUUAAUGAUAAUUCAAAUCAAUUCAUGACAUCUUACGGAGAUUCUACUAAAAUAUGUUCUGUACCUACAAACGAUUCUACCGGGUUUUCAGUUUCUAAUGUAGAAGUUACUAAUUUGAAUGCAAAUACAUCAUGGAAUCCAUUUGAAGAACCAACACCUUUUAACUAUCAAAUUACUGGUGAAGAAAUGUUCAACUCAUCAUUUAGUCAAAUCCCUUCAAAUGACAAUGAUGAAGUUAAUGGAAAAUCUCAAGAAAGUACUACAAAAACACUGAAAUCCAAUGUAACCGACGAAGAUCCAUUUGGUUCUGCACCAUUUCCUUACAAAAGUAUAGAUGAAUCUAUAGGAAAUAGCCCAAUUAGAAAAAUGUCACUUAAUGGCACUGACCUUAAAAAAAAUGCUGAAAAAUGGAAAACCUACUUCAUUGAACACAAUUUGAAAUUAGACAGAUUAAUAUUAAAUAAUGAACCUGACAGUGACGAGAUUGCUACUGGUUUAGUAGCAACCACACGUAGUGAUGAUGAAUUGGAAUCAAAUGAAUGUUCAUCAACCCCUUUUGUGAAAAUUCCACUUGAAGAUCGCUCAAAGUAUGAAAAAUUAGCUUGCAAUACUGAUGAAGUUUCUUCAGACGAUAGUCAAGUGGCGAGCGGACAAAAAAAUAAAAAACAUCAGAAUGACUAUGACCAAUCCGAUGAUGAUUCUAUUGGAUCAGCAAGUGAUCUCCAAACUCGUAAUGAUGAGGAAGACACAAACAAAAACAUUCCUGAAACUAUGACAGUAAAAGACAGUAUGAUUACAUGUGGAUCAUCAGCUUACCAUGCUGAAUGUGAAAGCAUGGCACGAGACGAUAUUCCUCCACCAAAUGCUCAAGGAGCAACACGACUUCGUGACCCCGUACCUGUUAAAAAUGUUGAUGCUGAAAUACCAUUGAUUUCAGAUAAUGAAGGAGAAGAGUAUGAAAGUUUAGGUAACACUGAUGUGUUUGCAAUGGCACCAUUUCCUAAGGCAAAAAAAAAGUGUUCAGACAGCGACUCAGAUCUAUUCGGUUCUGUACCUUUCAAGUUGAACACAAAUCCAUUUGAACAAGCAGAUUUUGCCGAUAGUGUCUAUUUUGAAAAAGAAGAUUCAACAGAAAUACCUUUCAGAUCUGAACCUAAAGAAGCUAUUUUAGUGGAUUUAAAUCCACAAGAGCCAAUUUACAUGAAAAUAAUUCACCAAAAUGUUACACAGGUAGCAACUAAUAAAGUGAUAACUACAUUAGCUACAAAUAGUGGAUUCAGUAAUAUGAGUUUUGAAGAUUACUCUAGUAGUGAUGCCGAAGAGUCACAAGCUCCAGUUUAUUCACCCUUUGAAGUAGUUCGACCUGCUGAAUGUGACAUAAAAAGAUCUUCUUUAAAAAGUCGUAGUAAUCCAUUUACAUAA